GAGGAGGAGGAGGAAGAGAAGCAGCAGCAGCAGCCCUGGAAGCAUCAUGGCCUCCAGAUGGGCUGCAGUCCGCCAGAGCUGGGCAGCCAGAAGGUCUACCAGGUCUCCAUCUUCUCUCCCCGGGGCAGCGGCUCUGCCCUCCCGCAGCAGAGGGGGCCCCGACGGCAGCCCAUCAAACGGUCCUGCCCGGAGCCCCGGUGGGUGGCCGAGGGUGGCGAGUGGGAUGCCAAGAGGGGCCUCUGGGGGAGGGAGGAGGAGGAGGAGGAAGCGGCCAUUGAGGACGGGCUGUUGGUGGACGGGCUGGCCCUCGGGGGCGCCGCCCAGCACUUCUCCCACAGCGGCCUGCGAGUCGUAGAGCACCGGCAGGAGGUCAGUCCCGGCCAGCGCGGAGGCCGGGAGCCCAGAGCUGCUGAGGGCCGGGGGGCGGCCCUGCCGGCGCCUGGCAGGCUUUGCGCCACUUUGCACACGAGAGACUCGCCCCCCGUCUUGUGGGGGGAGCAGCCCGCCAUGGACUCCAGGCCAGAGGAGAACGGGGGGCCCCGUUCCCCCCACGAUCACGAUUUGCACAGCCCUGCACCCCCGUCCCCCCCGCCAGGGCAGCCGCUCCAGGAGACCCAGGCGCCCAACACUCCACCGGAGGCCCCCAGCCACAGCGCCAACGGGCUCUGCUCGGCCGAGAAGACGCCCUGCUCCAGCGGCCAGCUCUCGGGAGGCGGCCCUGCCAGCUGCCCGGCCAAGAGGAAGCUGCUGCCCUCGGUUGAAGGGAGGGCAGCCGCCGGCCUGGAGGAAGAGAGCCUUCUACCAGCACGCAAAAAGAGGGCCCUGCAUUCUCCCACCGUGCCAGCCUCCUGCCGCAGCACUGAUGCCAAGGGCGCCCCCUUCUGGAACCACCUGCUUCCCGCAGCCAAGGUGAGGAACUGGGGCCGGAAAGGGCCCACGGUAGGUCUGUCCCCCAAAGAGGACUGGGGGUUCCAGAGUUCGAAGUCAGGGAAGAUCUACCUGCACGACAACAUCCGGCUGCUCUUCUCGCGCAAGUCGAUCGAGAUGGACUCCGGGAUCCCUUACGAGCUGAAGUCCUUCACGGAACUGCCGGGCAACCCCUGCUACUCCCCCCGAGCCUGAAAGGAGGGGGCGGGAGGGCAGCCCUUGGCCCAAGCCGAGGAGGCGCAGGGGGGGCUGCAGAUGCUUCCGUGCAGCGGCCGGUCGCCACUCUGGAGCAGGGAGAGCCGUGCCUGGCCCAGAGCUGCGUUUUACUCACUGGAUCCAGCCCAGCCGGGAUCACAAAUGCAGCACAUCUCAACCUCUCGUUUUGGUGGCUGGUACAAUUCUGUGCAGGAGGAUGGGGAGAAGGGGAAGGAGGAGGAGGAGGAGGGGGGAGGGCAGGUGUUGGCUCUGGUGGGCGGGCAGGGUGCAUAGGCGUUUGGGCCAUUCAGAGGCAUGUACAGAACCGGGACUUUGUGGGGGAGGGGCUCGUUUUAGGGAUCAAGCUGGGUCACCCACAGGGGAGGCUUUGGGGCCCAUCCAAGCUAGCAUAGCGGAAGGGAGCUGAAGGCAGCACUGCAGGGGGAACAGACCAAGCGUAACUGCUCCCCUUCCCCAGGAAGCCACGAAAGCUGUAACUCUCCCAGGAGACGGGUAUCUUUCCUCCCGGCUGCUGCUUUAGGCUCCCUUCUCCUCCCCUGGACUAGCCGUACAAGACCAGGCCGUAGGGUCACCUGGGGAGGCUCAUGCUGGCCUCUCAGUCCCCAGCUCUGGUCCACACACUGAGUGUGUGUGUGUGACCAAAAGAGAAUUCAGUCAGUCUUUGGAGGUAGGAGGCAGGGUUUGCGAAUCAGUGUCAGUUUUUGCUUUGUCUGGGACCUGCACUAUCACCACCAUGGGGUCCUCCUGCUGAGGGCACCAAUCAAGCUGGAGAUGGUAAGGCACAAGGAGCUGUUUGAGGGGUCCAUGGAUAGCUCUGAGUCUGUCUGUUUGAGCGGCACCAGUUUAGAAGAGAGGAAGCCUUGCUGUGAAGCCCGGGCCUUUUGGGGGGGGGCAGUUCUCCCUGUCCCCCACCCAAGCAUUAUUUUUCCCUGGUAUUAUUUUGGUUUGGGUUGCAUCUCCUACAUUGUUCUCUGGAGGGAGCAGGUGUGAUGAAAGGGGCUACAAUUACAGAGACUUGAAAAUAUUUAUAUUUAAAAGGAAAGAGGGACAGGCAGAAAUGUAUGGAAUACUUUCUCCCUUCUCUUUCCUCUUUUUUUGGAACAGAAAAAAAAAUCUAUAAAUGUGUGUUUGGAAAACGUU